AUGGAUGGUUUGAGGCCUAGCAUUUACUCUCGCGAGGACGAGAGACGCAUGUCGGAAUUGCAGGGGCGGGUGAACUGUGGCGAGUCGCUUUCCGAGGAGGAGGCUCUUGAGCUGGCUCAGCUUAAGGGCCUCUACGACGAUUUCAUUCACGAGGGGGAGCGACGAUUGCGGCUGCAGGGCGAACCAGCAGCGGACGGGGCCGCAGAGACUGACAGCCCGGGCGAUAUGCUUCUCACCCUGCAGGAGACCGUGACCUCCGCCGGGAAGGCGGCGUACUUUUGGGGAUCGCUUGUGGCCACUCUUGUGCCAGGCUAUUUUGGACGCAAGGUGGGCCUUACCUCGGGGUUUUUGCACUGGAAUUUUAUCACAGAUCGGCUACUUCUCGGCGCUCUCCCCGUGGUUACGAAGCUUGGCAGCAGCGGCAACCACUUGGUGCAGAUACGGGAACAGUUGGAGUCUCGAAACCAGAAACUAGGCCUCGUCAUCGCAUGCCUGGAGGAGGCGGAGGUGAAUGGGUUUGGGGUCCAGAUGAUCAGUUUUGCCGAUGAGUCGAGCUGGCAUGCGUAUGUUAGUCCCACCGUGCAGUAUAUUCGGCUGCCGAUGCCCGACACCACCGCCAAUAUCUCUUUUGAUAGUGUUUGGUUUGCUGUGCAGCAAAUACACAAAUGCAUCGACGAACGAAACUGCGUAGUGUAUCUGCAUUGCAAGGCCGGAAAGGGGCGCAGCUGGAUGGUGGCAAUGUGCUAUCUGACCUCCUACGGAGGGAUGACGUUUGACGACGCGGAGCAAUUGAUUCGCCUCUCCCGGUCGCAAAUAAACCCAUCAGCGGCGCAGCGGGCUUUUGCGGCCAAGUUUGCUGCCCGCAUACCGAUGCAAAGAAAGUAA